UGCACGUGUCUUCAUUCAAGGUUUCUCUCCCCUCUUUUUGCUAGAGGACAUUAUUUUCUAUCUUUCCAUGAUUUUUUAAACAUCCAUGAUUGCAAAGUCUCGACGAAUGGAUGCGUUCACGUUUUGCGUGAAAACACUCUCUUCACACAGCGACACGACGGGCUAGAAAAAUCAAGAAAAUCAAUGGUUUCAUCAAGUAUGAAUGAGCUUGUUUCUUCUUUUUUUUUUUUGUUAACUCUACCUCCUGUUUUCUUCUUAAAAACUUUAAAUUCCUCCCCUAAAAAAGAAGAAAAAAGCUAAAAAACAAUAGUUAUGCCUAAGGUUAAAAGAAUUCUUCUUUUGCUGUACCUCCCCCGCACUUUUUUCUCUGCUGGAUCGUUCAGUAGUUAAGAAACAAUGGCUCUCACAACUCUCUCUCUCUCUCUCUCGUUUUCUGCAGUUGUCUUUUGUUGUGCGUGUGGCAUCAUAAAGUCGGUGCGGGGCCGUAGUCACUAGUAGCAAAUGUUCCAAUCUUGUGCACCCAAUUUCAACUCAUAUGUAUUAUAUAGACGUCUAAAGCGGAACAAGUAGACGCAAGGAGUUAAAGAAUCUCGUAGUUGUGAAUUCCUGUCAUGCCAUCCGCAACGAAAUAAAUACAUCCAACUCUGGUUGGAAGAGAAAAAAAAAGGGAAAGUUAGUCGGGCCAAACGUCUGCGCACAACUGUGCGGAAAGAAGAACGAAAAAAAAAAAUCAGGGGGACUUGGAAACAGAGCCCGUAGGUCACGCGAUCCAAUCAGCACGUGCUGCCAGCAGCUCUUUUAUGAGAAUCAAAGAAAUGACAUGCUGGAAUCGAAGCUUGCCCGGAAGAUGAGAUUGCCGUACGGAAUAAAAAAACUGGUCGUUUUCUUCAUCGUUUUAGCUGGAUGUGUUGGCUCGAUAACGUGCACGGCCGUCGAGCAGGGCAAUGCUUGCCUUAAACCGUGCGUCUGUAAAUGGAAAGGCGGGAAAGAAAGUGUUACUUGCCACCAGGCCGGCUGGACUGAAGUACCAUCCAGCGGAUUAGAAAGCACUAUUCAGGUACUGGACUUGAGUGGCAAUCCGCUUUCGCAGCUGGUGGCCAACGAAUUCCGGCGGCUGGGGCUGACUCAUUUGCAACGCGUUAUUUUGCAACGUUGCGCUCUUCGGCAUAUUGAUGGGACGGCUUUUGCCGGGCUGACCAAUUUGAUCGAGUUGGACCUCAGCCACAACGUGUUGUCUUCGAUACCCACUCAAGCGUUUCAGCACUUUCCCGAACUGCGUGAGCUGAAACUCAAUGGCAACCCGUUGAUCCGAUUGGCCGGCCACACGUUCGCUUCCGCUUCGAAAUUGAUCCGUCUAGAAGUUGCCAAUUGCCAAUUGAAUCACAUCGAUCACAAAGCGUUUCAUGGUUUAGAGCUGCUGGAAUGGCUUCGCUUGGAUGGCAACUUAAUUGAAGUGUUGCCUACGGCUACGCUGGGCCCAUUGCGCACUCUGAGAGGCAUCGAUCUUCAUCACAAUCCGUGGAAUUGCACCUGUCCACUGCGGCCAUUACGAUCGUGGCUGGCCGCCCGCAACAUGCCAUUCUCCGUCCCGCCACUCUGCCUCUUUCCAGCCCGUUUGCGGGGCCUAUCCUGGAACCGAAUGCCGUUAGAGGAGCUGGCCUGCUCGCCUAAAAUUCAUCCGGUUGAUUCAUUGGUUCAAGUCGUGGCCGGACAGACUGCCAAUCUCACCUGUCACGUCGUCAGCAAUCCGGAAGCGUCCGUCUUGUGGUUCUUCGCUGAUCGGCUCAUCGUCAAUUUGACGACGCCGGAUGAGAGUCCGCCUGCUGUCAAUCAGGUGUACUAUUUACGCGAGGCCAGCGAUAGGAUCGACAGGACGGACAAGACCAGCACUUUAAUGCUGGCCUCUGCUCGCGAACAGGAUUCAGGUUUCUACGUGUGUCAGGCCACCAACCGGGCGGACAAAGUCUCGGCCAACAUCACGCUCUUAGUCAAAUCGAACGGCAUUGAUUUGGCUGCCGGCCAGUUGAGUCGCGGACUCAUGGCCGGCCUCAUCUUGGCCAUUUUCGGUAUGCUAAUCCUCGUCCUUUUGAUCUGCUGUCUGUGCUCUUUGAAACGUGCACGCAUGCACGCCAGCUUACGUCACAGACGGCCAUCGAUGGUCAUGGGAGUGCCGUCCAUGAAUGGCAAUUCCGGAGGCAUGUUCGACAAGCUGGAUCAGACGGAUCAUUUCUUGCGCAGGCAAUCAACAGCGUCCGACAAUUACAAGAAUCACAACGGAUCGCUAUACAAAGGAGAGGACAACGCGGAAAGCGUUGGAUCGUCUCAUCCGCACGAAGCCAAAGUGGAGACUCGGUUCCCGGACAAGCAAUGGCUGGUGAGUAACCAGCCGAGCAAACCUUCCCUGGACAUCAAGCUGCCGACCAACGAUGCGGAAGUAAUGACGGAGCCGAUCGUCGACGGACACAGACAAAUAGCCAUGUACCAAAACAAAGUCAAGUUCAAUGCGGAAGAGACUACGCCUCGUCCGAUCCUGAAAUCGGAGAAAGUGUCGUCUCCGAGCCCGACGCGCAACUAUCCGGAUUUGGUGGACCUUUUGCCUUCGGCCGAUUAUUCGGGAUCUAGCGACGUGACUUCCAAUCAGGACGAAAUGGAACUGAUCCAGCUGAAACGUGAGCGAUCAUCGCCGCCCAUUUAUCCGACCUCGCGCUACUUUCAACCAACACGUCAGCAGGAAAGUGCGUUUCCAGGACGGAGGGCCGUCGUUGCGGUGACGGGCAAUCGUCGACGGCUGUCCGAUUGGGAAGUGAACGAAUUGGACGACGACCAGGAGCAUUGUGCGAACGUGUUCUACCAAACGCAGCACGUUCCCGUCUCUUUGCGGAGGGACAGUUACGAUUCGGAAUUGGACGCGGGCCAAACUGAAUUGAUCCGCCGUCAUCAUUCGGAAGAGUUUGACGAAGAUUUUCACCGACGUUACGCCUAUCACACGGGCCAACUCAAUCGCUUCCUGUUCGAAUAUCGCGCCCUCCAGAAACGUCUUGCACAAAUGCAGGACACUUGGGGCCGUUGCCUAGACGACGACAUCGAUAGAUCCGUCCGCCACCAUCAUCGUCAUCAUCAUCAUUCGAAUCAUCAGCCCAACGCCCAACGGCCUUUGCGUCCCAUCCUGAAAAAUCGAUUGACGUUGCCCCAACAGACGAGGAGAUGGUCGUGCGACGAACAAGAGCCGGAAGAUGGUCUCGAACCGGAAUUGCAAGGCAGUAACUACGAAGUUUCAUCGGCUGUUGAGGAGCUGUAUUACAGCUGAUAACAUCCCAUGCCUGCCUUGCUUACCAUUCAUCAUAAAUGUACAGCAUUGUAAUUUUUUUGCCUUUUGAAUUCCGACCGAGUUGGGCCAGCUCCUACAACAUUUUCUCACGUCGAACGUGGUGUGUGCGACAGAACAAAAGGACGACAUGCAAUGCAAUUAGCUUCUUCUCGGUCCUUCUUUUUCAUAAUUAGCUCGUCCAUUUUCCUCUCGUCAAAUCA